AUGCAAUUCUCUAAAAAUACAACUUAAGAAUAGCUUGAAUAGAUUGUUAAUAUAUUAUUGAAUCAUGGAUUUUAAUCUUAUAAGACAAGAAAUCUAUAAAAUGAUAAGAUACUUUUAUUUAUAUGUAUUGGGGAUCCUAAGAUAAUAUUGGAAUAAGCAGAAUAAAUGCAAUUAUAUAAAGUAUAUACUAAAAUACAUUAUAUAGUUAGUGAUUGAUCGUUCAAAUAUUUAAAUGCAUGAUGUAUAUAAAAAGAUAGCUGAAAAAAUAAAUGUUAAGAAGAUAUUAGAUGAAAGAUUAGUUAUUGCUUUAAAUUAGAUUGAUUAGAGAAUAGUGAAGUUUGAAAAUUAUUAAAAAUUUAAAUAUGACUUAAAAAGUGAUUUCUGUUUACAAAAUGAUGAUGCAGAAAUCAUUAAAAUAUUUAGUCCUUCAGAGACAUUACUAAUAAUAUACAAUUACUUACAUACUAUUAAAAUAGGUGAUUUAGAUAUGAUUCAUUUUCUAAAAACGGAAGAAUAUUUAUUAUAAGUAACUCCAAUUCAUGAUGAAAUUGUCUAACUUAAUUCAGUAUCAGAUAUAGAAAGAUAUUUUGGAGGCAAUUUAGCUGUCUAUUUUGAGUUUAUGAAUUUCUAUUAAUCUAUGCUUAAAUAUUUAGCUAUUGCAGCUAUAAUCACUUUAGUCAUAGAUCAUUAAAGUAGUCUCUUUAAAAUUACUAAUGUGGCUAGUUUCUAUGCAGUAGUGACAAUGGUAUGGUCAACAUUCUUCAUCAUUGCUUGGCGUAGAAAAGAAAAUGAAUUAAGUGUUGAAUGGGGAGUUUUUGGUUAAUAACACAUCAAAAGAUUAGAUCUGAAUCCUGAAUAUAAAGGAAAACCUAAGAUGAAUUAUAUUACAGGAUUGGUUAAGAAUAGUUAUCCUACAAGUAGUAGGAUAUUUUAUUAUAUGGUAUCAUUAUUUGAAGCCAUUCCAAUACUCAUUAUUGCUGGUUUGAUUAAGAUUGUAGUAUUCAAUAUCAAUGGACUAAUCAGGAACGAAAGUAGUAUCUUUUAUAUUAGAGUGGCUGCUAAAUUAAAUCAAGAGGGUGGACUCUUAUAUUACAAAUAUACUACCAAUAUUUUAGAUAUUUUCACAAUCUUAUUAAUAUUCUAUAUCAACACUUUAUAUACAAAGGUUUGUAUUAAUUCAACCAAAAGAGAAAAUCAUAGAACCAAUUUGAGGUUUUAUAACUCUUUGAUUCUUAAACGUUUCUCUUUUGAAUUAAUUAAUAGAUUCUUUCAUUUAUUUUAUAUUGCAUUCAUUGAAUUCGAUAUUCCAACUCUAAGGAGUCUCUUAAUUAAGUUGUUUGUAAUGGAUCAAAUAAGAAGAGUCUUAUUGGAAUCUCUUUUACCCAUGUUAAUGAAGUAGAAAUAUGAAAAAUAAAAGGAAUAGUACUGCUUGAAUUUAUAAAAGAAGGAAGAUAUUAAUGAAAAGAUUGUUGAUAGAAUUGUAAGUCUUAAUUUAUCUAUUAUUUUAGGCAGAACUUGAAUUGUGGGAAUAUGAUGAUUUCGAUGAUUAUAUAGAAGUUAUAUUUCAAUAUGGAUACAUAGUAUUGUUUGCAGCUAUUUUUCCUUUGGCUGCAGCUUUAACAUAUAUUUUCAACUUUAUUGAAAUAUGGAGUGACAAAUUCAAAUUAGCGUAUAAAUUUAAAUUAUAUAAAGAAAUAAAUUAUACUAAAGAAACUUACCUAAAAAGGCUUAUAGUAUAGGUGAAUGGAGAACCGUUUUGAUGACAUUAUCAGUGUUAUCAAUAUACACAAAUACAGCAUUUAUUGCUUUAGCUUAUUUCAAUGUAUUCGAUACUUGUUAAAAAUCUGGAUGCGAUUGGGAAAACAUUCUUCUUCUAUUAUUUAUUAUAGAACAUUUUUCAUUAGGUUUAAAAUAUAUUGUAUAAUAAACAAUCAAUUCAAAACCUAAAUGGGUUAGGAUUGUAUUGAGAAGAAUGAAAAGGAAGAGAAGAAAUUUUCAUAAUUGA